AUGUUUUCACGUGAGUUGGCUCGUCAGACUCAUGAGGUAAUCUCCCAACUAUCUGAGGGUCUUGCUCAGGCUGGACUACCAUCUGUGCGUUGUCAGCUCUGUAUUGGUGGGAUGGCUGUUCGCGACCAAGCAGAGGCCUUCCGCCGGUCUGGUAUGCAUAUCCUUGUUGCCACUCCAGGCCGACUGAUCGAUCUUUUAGAGAAAAAAAUCUUUAAUCUUGAGGUCUGUCGAUUUCUCGUGCUAGAUGAAGCCGACAGAAUGAUUGAUAUGGGAUUUGAGGAGGAGGUCAGAACCAUCUUUUCCUACUUCCGGGUAAGAUAUAUAUACCCUAUCCUUAGCAGAAUAAGACUUCACUGA